CAUCUGCAUACAUCAUGGUGACGUGGCAUAUUUAACGUGGUGAUGUUGGUAGUUUCAGGCCACGUCAUACAGAUUGGAGGUUGAAAAGGGAUAAACGAUUCCGGGAGGCUGAUCCCUUCUUCAUUUUCAAACCCUAAACAAGGGCUGACUCCCAAAAGCAUGAACCAGUGGAAUCGGAUCCACAACUCACUCCCCUACGAUAUUGCCCUCAAAAUUGCAUCAUCCCUCCAGGCAUCGGAUCUAUGUUCUCUGGGAAGUUGCUCUAGGUCUUGGCGGGAACUAUGGGGGUCGGAUCCUAUAUGGGAGCGUCUGUGCAGAGAUAGAUGGUCUGUCAAGUGUAUGUUAGGAGAAUCCUCAGCCUCGGAGCUUCACCCCCCUAAAGAGGGAUGGAAGAGCUUUUACAUCAAGUGGCACCAUGAGAUGGCUGGUAGAGCUACUGAUGUUGUUGGGUUUGUGGAAAGUCAUUCCUCCUCUGAAUCACUUGAGGUUGGAGAUCAUCUGAAAGCAAUUGUGGGCCUGAGAGAUAGGCAGCUUGGAUUUAAAGAUGUUCAAAUAUUCCUUUUCAAACCAAAGCUUAGUGUGCUGAUUAACUUGGUUGGCCUGCAAUAUUGCAUUCAAUGGCUUAAAGUGCCGGCUGAGCAUGUCAUGGAAGCAAUUCAAAGCUGCAAGAUUUCAGAGCGGCAAGUCUGCGUGAAAUGGUGGAAGCUAGGGAGGUGGUUUUAUGGAUUCCGCUUGCGGGACGAAUCUCAUUGUCGCCGUGUCUCUUUGAGGGACGUUGCAAAAGAGGAUGAGGUACUUUGGGUGCUUCACCGAGGAGCUAUUCAUGAGGUUUUGCGCGUUCAGAUCUCUAUCCCUAGUCCCACAACAACUUCCUGGUCAUGUCAAAGCUCCCAAACAUGAGGUUUGGGAAUGGUUCCCUUGCACAAUAUGAUGCAAUGUGUAAAUCUGUACAAAAUACCAACUCUAUACAUGUAUAUGCCUGUUUAUCCUCUGAGUGUAAAAUUAAUCAAUCCAGUAGUAGAGCAGUGCUGGAUAUGGAUUGUCUCAAAUGUGUAGAACUUUGACUGUACAUAGAAUGGGAGUUUCGCCGUUCUCCAGUAA